AUGCCGCCUGUCCCAAUCACCUUUGCUAUCGGCGCUGCGCCAAACGCCAAGCUCGGCGGCGGCGCCGGCAAGGUCAUCUCUUUCAAGAUCAACACCAACGGCACGCUUGAACGCGGACCCUCGCCGCCCACCCCUCCCCAUGCUCCCAGCGCAAACCAGAAGCGCAAGGCGGGCAUCUCUGCCAACGCGCUCGCCGCAUCCACCUCUCUCCUCCCCAACACCAGCGGAGGCAAGCUCUCUACCUCGAUGACGCCGCUCAACGUCGCCAUUGUCGCCCGUUGCCUCGCCCGCGGGACCGAGCCGUCCUCACCCCCUGGCGCCGCCGCCCGCAAGCGCACAUCAGGCAACCACACCCCCGCGACAUCCCCUGCGCCGACAUCGGUCGCGCUCCACGCCGUACACCCCUACUCGCGCGCCAGCGACCUCGCCAACACUCGCUCGACCGUGCCCUCACCGCAGGAGAUUCUGCGCGCCGAGCGAGCCGAGGAGGAGAAGGCCCGCCAGAAAAAGGAAAACGCCGCCGCCGCCCGUGUCGCCGCUGCCCUCGCUCGUCGCCGCAAGGCCCAGCGCAAUGGCAGCCGUAGUGCCUCGCAGCGUGUGCAGUCGGCGUCGGUGGCCCCGCCUACCAUGAUCCCCGCUACGGUCCGCGCCAUCACCACGGCCAGCCACGGGCGCUCAAAGUCGGUCGACCCCAAGGACGAGGACGUGCCUUCCAUCACCACCGAGCCGGCGUCGUCGAGCACCUCGCCCAUCCUCCGCGGCGGCACUGCCCUCAAGCGCACGCGCUCGUCGGGCAUCCACGGCAUCAACACAAACCUCACCCCUGGCGCGGUCAGCAUCGCCUCGCCGCUCCGCUCGGUCGCCCACGCCGCAGAGGGCGACGACGAGGUCAAGCCCGGUGCCUCUCCCAACUCGGACAAUUCGGACGGCCCAGCGCGCAAGCGCACGCGUUUGUCGUCAGUGUCGCCACGCGCCGGGUCCACUCGCCGUGCCAACACGACCUCGCCAAUGGCCUCACCCAGCGCGCUUGAGGGCGAAACUUCUGCUGCCGGCGCCGCCCCACCUACCGAUGCUCGCUCGACCCGCCGCGCUGCCCCAGAGGCAGCACCCGAGCCGACCGCCAGCGCCAUGCGCCGCGUUGUGAGUGCCACCGAGGGCGCUGGACGCCGCACCACGACCCGCCGCACGUCGUCUGUCGGCCUCGAGCCCGCCGCCGAGCGUGUGCGCCGUGAGGUUCAAAUACCCGCUCGCAUGCGCGACUAUGACCGGUAG